AUGAAAAAUUUUAUAGUUAGAGAAUGGACAGAAAUUAUCUCAGACCCUGUUAGUUUUGGAGAUCAAGAACAAAAAGUUGCUCAACAUGUUGACCUCCCCGUAGUAAAAAAUGAAUUGUCAAUAACAUUAAGAAUAAGCCUUAAAAAACAUUCAUCCGACUGGGCCUCUAUUUUUCAUAAAGGUACCGAAAAUUUAAUCCGUACUCCAGGACUCUGGUUUACACCUCACAAAUCUGCAUUGCACGCUCGAUUCACGGGAAACUGGAAUGAAAAUGUUGGGAUUGGAGAACUUAAUGGACUUUUAUUACAACAAUGGUACCAUAUAACUUAUACACUUUCUGAUCCUAAAAAAAGGUUAGAUAUUUACAUAAAUGGUGAAUGGUCUGGAUACUUUAGCAUCCAAGACGUUAGAAAGCAAAACGUUAUUUUCAAUGACGGACCUAUGUAUAUUGGAAAGUCUCCCUUUUGGAAUGGAUUUAACGCUGAAAUUAGAGUGCGUAUUUUUCUCGUAUUUUUGGUCAUGGCUUUGGUGUUAAUUGCCCAAACCAAUGCUCGCAAGAAAUGCAAGUCCAAGAAGAAGCCAAGACCAAUUAGACCAAAUAAACCAUAUAAACCACAUAAACCAACUAAAUCAACUCCUACCGUUAUUGUGCCUCCACCAGUUGAGCCUGAGUCAAAUCCAACUACUGCUGCGUCAGCUACUACUCAAAGUUGUCGAAUGGAAUGUCCUGCGUGUGUCACUGCAACACCGUACCAUUGUAUGCUUGCUUGCCGACAGAUAUGUGAUUAA